UCAAAACAGAGUCAACAGAACCAACAAGCGCUUUCCGGCAGAGCCCAAGUGUGAUCAGUCUUCCUUCAGAGCUCAAACAACAUGGAUAUUCGACCCAACCACACCAUCUACAUCAACAACGUCAAUGAUAAGAUAAAGAAAGAAGAGCUGAAGAGGUCACUCUACGCCCUGUUCUCCCAGUUCGGACAAAUCAUUGAAAUAGUAGCACUGAAGACCAUGAAAAUGAGGGGGCAGGCGUUUGUCGUCUUUAAAGAACUUGCUGCAGCCACAAACGCACUGAGACAACUACAAGGUUUCCCUUUCUACAACAAGCCCAUGCGAAUCCAGUACGCUAAAACAGACUCGGACAUAAUCGCUAAGAUGAGAGGCACAUUUGGAGACAAGGAGAAGAAGAAGGAGAAAAAGAAGAAAGCUCAAGAGCAGGCAGCCAACGCUGCCAAGAAACCAGUGAAUGCCUUGAACACACAGCCAGCUCCACCUGCUACAGUCCAGGUUCCUGAUAAUCCACCCAACUACAUUCUGUUCCUGAACAACCUACCUGAGGAGACCAAUGAGAUGAUGCUGUCAAUGUUGUUUAACCAGUUCCCUGGUUUUAAAGAGGUGCGCCUGGUCCCGGGAAAGCACGACAUCGCCUUUGUAGAGUUUGAGAGCGAGGCCCAGGCAGGAGUGGCCAAAGACGCACUGCAGGGCUUCAGAAUCACAGCCACCUGCGCCAUGAAGAUCACCUACGCCAAGAAGUGAUCACACACACACACAGGUCUCCCAUGUUGGACUGAAUCUGUGACCCUGAUAAAUGGGUCCUCCUUUUUUGCUUCCCCCACCUCUCUCUAUUUUUGCUUACUAGUUUAUUUUAAUUGAUUUUGUUUAUAUGUUUAUGACUGUACAGGCUAUUGGGUGUUCAGACAAGAGAGGGGGGGGGGUUGUGAGGGCUAAUUAUG